AUGUCGUCCAACCAGGGCACCGCGGCGUCUUCGCUGCAAUACACCUGCAACACCUGUCUCGUCGCCUUCCAUCGCAGCGAUGCGCAGAGAGAUCACAUGCGGAAAGAUUGGCAUCUAUACAACAUGAAGCGCCGCAUCGCUUCCUUGCCUCCCGUUUCACUUGAAACUUUCAACGAAAAAGUCUUGGCCGCCAAAGCUACAUCCACCGAGGCCGCCGCCAAGGCUUCAUACGAAAAGUCCUGCCACACUUGCAACAAGGCCUUUUACAGCGAGAACUCCUACCAAAAUCACAUCAAAAGCGCCAAGCACAAGCAGCGCGAAGCUCAACUGAGCAAGGACGGCGACUCCGGUUCCGUCAUGAGUUCUGCAUUCUCCCUUGGAGAACCCGUCAAAACCGACGUUAACAAUAUUACCGACAACCUCAAGACUACCACCAUUGAAGAACAAAAUGAAGGAGACGAGGAUACAGAGAUGGAGGAAUUUUCCGCAGCUCGCUGCCUUUUCUGCAAAGACAAGUCUGACGACAUUCACGCCAACGUCGAGCACAUGUUCAAGACUCACGGCAUGUUCAUCCCAGAGAGAGAAUAUUUGGCAGAUCUCGACGGUCUUGUGCACUAUCUGUACCGCAAGAUCACGGAGAACUCCGAGUGUCUUUAUUGUCACACCAUCAAAGACAACCCCCACGCUAUCCAAGCCCACAUGCGCGACAAGAGCCACUGCAUGAUUGCGUUUGAAACAGAAGAUGAACAAAUUGAAAUUGGACAAUACUACGACUUCCGGAGCACCUACUCCGACGACGAGGACGAAUCCACACCUGAGGAGGGCGGCGUCAAAGUCAACCGCUCAGAUGCUGAUGACCAGGGAUGGGAAACUGAGAGUUCCGCAUCUUCAGUGGACGAAGAUGAUAUCGAUUACCACCGAAAGGCACCCACCGUCGUUGAAGACGACUACGAGCUUCACCUUCCAUCAGGAAAGACUGUCGGUCACCGCUCGCUCAACGUUUACUACCGCCAGAACCUCCACAACUACCCCACAGCCGCUGAACGGGCCGAGCGCCAGUUGGCCAUUGAAAACGGAGAAAUUGAAGAAGAGCCCCGCGGCCGCCCCAACCACCACCGUGCCCUCACUACCCGCGCCAACGGUGGCCUGGGUAUGGUCGGAGCCUCCGAAGAACAGAAGCAAGCCGCUCGUGUUGCAGAGCGCCGUGAAAGAACCCGUGGCAUGCGCCAGGAAAACCGCCAUCUUGCACGCGUCCAGAAAGGCGGCAACCACCAGAAGCACUUCCGCGAUCCUCUUCUCCAAUGA